AUGGGCCAAACCACUUCGAUUCCGAAGCCCGGAACCCAAAUCCAAGUCAUCGGCGCCGGGCUGCCUCGCACUGGGACUACAUCCUUGAGCAUGGCCUUGGCUAUCCUGCUCGACGCGCCCGUCUACCACUGCAACACCCAAACCACACGCGGGCCACCGUCGGAGCUAAAAUCAUGGAUCCGCAUCCUCCAUGCAUGGCUUGAGGGCGAUCGUCCCACUGUCUUGGCUGCUCUCAAAUCUUGCCUGACUGGCUUCGCUGCCGUCACCGACACUCCGGCUUGUCACCUUCUCCCAGAGUUGCUGGAACUCUACCCCGAUGCCAAGGUCGUCUGUACAGUGCGUGAUCCGCUCGCGUGGGAAAAGAGCAUGAAACAAGCGCAUGGGCUUACAAGAACGUGGUUCCUAAAAGCGCUCCUGUUUCCACUGCCAGGCAUGCGACAUUUUGUGGACUUUACUUGGCUGCUGCGGCGGCAGUGGAGCAGGCUGUAUGCCGAUGGUCGACAUCUGAAUUCGGUCAAUGAGGUCGCCGCCACCCUGCCACAGAGGGAGACCUACUCCAGGCAUCUAGCAUGGUUGAAGGAAAAUGUGCCACCCCAUCAGCUUAUAUUCUUUGACGUGAGGGAGGGCUGGGAGCCGCUGUGUAGAGCGCUGGGUAAAGAUGUUCCCAAGGAUGUACCCUUCCCGCAUGAGAAUGACUCGGUGGGAAUCGAGCGCACCGCCAAAUACCACAUCCGACGGGCGUUGAUGCGGUGGGCGGGGAUGUUUGCUCUGACUGGGGUUAUUAUUAUAGCCGGUUUUUCGUGA